AACUAAACUAACUUGUUAGUGCGCAUGCGCAUCUAUUGUUUCCGGUUAAAAAAAUCAUUAUAGCGAUGAGGCCUGAUGAACAUAAACAAAAGAAAAAUACUCAGUACAAGAAGAAGCAUGGGAUAAGCUCGAAAAAACAAGAAAAAACAGAAGAUUCUGGGAAAGAUGGAAAGAAGUUUAAAGACACAAAACAAGGAAAAUCUGGACCCAAACAACCCCCAGCAGCAAGAACAUAUAGAGAUGACGAAAAUGAAGACAAAAGGCUAAAUAGACCUGAAGCUUCGGCUCAUGAUGAUCGCAUAAAGGGAGGUGAUGAUGAAGGCCAAGCCAAAGUCUUCAAAAGAAGAGAGUUAGUGAAUAACUGGGAGAAAUAUGAACUUCCCGUGGAAUCAGAACCUGAGUUGAGAGGCAAAGAUUUUUCAGAAGCCUUGGCUGAAGCUGGCGAUUCCUUAUCUCAAUUCCGGUUCCAAGAUGAAAAGGACUUCAAUGAAUCUCUCGAGGAUGGAGGCGGGGCAUCAGAUUUACCAAAGUUUCUGUCAAUCAACAUGGUGGAUUUGACAGGCGCGAUAAAAUCUGUCCCUAUACACGAGAGACUUGGCUUGGAUACUGGGCUGUUUGAUGAAUCAACUUUGCAACUAAUGAAUGAUGAAGCUAAGAUGUAUGCACCCUCCACACAGGGGGCAAUAUUAAACAACACACCUGAACAAUCUUAUACCACAAAUGACAACAUAGAACCCAAUGAGGAGGACAAAGCCAAUUCUGAACAUGAAAAAUCAGAUGACACUAUUAUAAAUGAUACUCAUACAGCUGAAAGUUUACCUAGUAUUGCAAAUGAAGAUGCUGACACAAAAGCCCAUGUGGAUAGCAAAAAUGAUAGCAAAGGACUGACAGUUAUUGAUAAUGAACUCAUGGAUCUAUUAGAUAAUACAAAUCAAGACUCAUCCUCCACAAAAUUACCACAAACUAUGAAUGCAGCCCCAAAAUCCAAUAAUCUAAAAAGUAUGGACGAUGAUCUUGAUGUUUUACUGGGAAUUACCCCAUCAAGUACUUCUAAACCAGGGCUAAAUCAUGGUUCAGGGUUACAAGAACAAUUUGAAAACAGAACAGGAGCUGAGUUAAGCAAAACAAAUGAUGUCCUGGAAAUUGAAACAAAAGUUACAGAACUUCAAGUGGAACCAGUUGUUAAAGGUGUUGGUGAAAAGUCUGACAAUCUUGAAGAUUGGUUAGAUAGCAUGUUAGAUGAUUGA